AUGCCUUUCUGGAAAUCUUCAAAAGAAAAAGAUGAUGUGGCGCACGCGAACGAAAUUCUGUCAGAAGCUUUCGCUUGUAUCGAUCAAGGAUUGUGCUAUGACGAGAUCGGAGAUUAUGACAACACGAUUUCGAUGUAUGAACGCGGAUUGAAUCUCAUUGCCGAAGCGGAGAAAGAUAAGAAUGCGAAGAAAGCGGAGCUCUGGUCAACGAUGCAAGAAGCGAAAAAGAGUGUGGAGAAUCGAAUAACCGCUCUCCAAAAGAUGGGCCCUAAGAACCUCGCCAAAGACGGUCUCUCACCAAUGGAAAGUGGUAUCCCAGCAGAAGUGGAGAUGAAAAGAAGCAAAGAAAUGACCGAACAGGAUAAAAAUAAAGAUCAAAUUCGUCAAAACUUGGACUCGGCAGGCGACCAAGAAGCCGAACUUGUCUACUUUUUACCGAGCGGCGUUCAACUUUUCACAAUCGAGGGUGAAGAAACGGCUGCACCAACUUAUCCUACGUCUCUCGAAAUUCUUCGUUUUAAAGAGGAUUUUUCGAUAACAAACAAAGAAGUGAAGGAACGAGCCGAAGCUUUUAUUCAAGUUGGUCCAUGGGUAUACCCGUUGAUGAAAGAGAAGACGCCGAUACUGAAAAACGAAUUUGGCGCGUAUGUUUUAGCCAAUCCAACACCGGAACAUCCAAACAUGAUGGUGGCGAUAAUGCUUCCUUUCGACCUCGAGCCCAAACUCGUCGACGAGUUCGAAUAUGUUUUGAGGGAAUACGCCGAUCUACGAAGCGAAGAAAUUAAAGAUCUAUUAACAGCGGAUGAAAGGAGUCGUUUAAGCGAAAGAAUUGCUCGGCUUUUGGUUACAACUGGUGAGAAAAUCGCCUGGGGAGUGCACUCAACAACAGCGAAAGUCACGAGCAAAGUUGAAGAGAAAAAUGUUCAAUAUCGAUCGACGAGAAUGCCCACCGAUCAGCCAGUAAAUAUCUCUCCAGCUAUCAAGACGGGCGUUGUUUACAUGCACAAGGGAGGCAAAGUCGUCGCAAAGUGCACUCGCUUUUUACUGGACAAAAUUGGCGACAUGGGCGUGGCAGUGGGUAAAACGAUCGCCUCUGGAGCAAAAGACACAUUUGGAGAGGGAAAGACUGGUGGCAUGGUGACUGGAACGAUCACGGUUAUCGGCGGAGGAAUCGCAGGAGUGUCGACAGUUUGGAUUGCUUUGGAAGAUGCGAGCAAGAAUCUCUGCAAGUCGAUCGCCAACGAAACCGUCGAGAAUGUACGCCUGAAGUACGGAGACGAGGCAGCUCAAACAACUCAUCACGCCUUGCACGCGACUGGGCACACCAGCUUGGCGGCCGUGCAAUUGUGGGAUCUUGGACCGAGAUCGGUCGCCGGUCGAAUGGCUCGAAAAGCAGGUCUCCAAGUGCUUAGCGAUCUUCAUCGGAAACGAACGGGUCAAGAUGUGCUCACCGGUGACGCUCUACGCAACUCACAACGACGAGAAAAGCAGUACAUUGCC